AUGUCCAGGAGCUCCAUGACAAAAGUUCCAUCUAGAGUCCAUUCUUUAGUUCCAGAAACAUCUCUGGCGUCCUCUCGGGUGUCUGAUUUAUCGCUUUCGAGAACUGCAACAUCAGCCUCCACCAACUCGAUAACAUCGCAUUAUAGUACACUGGACUCCAAUUGGCUCCCUAACACUGCGAUCGUGAAUCAGCCGCGUAUAAAGAUCUCCUUGACUUUGAGUCCUAAAGAAAUUGAUCUUCUGAAAAGCUCGUGGAGCAAAGUCAUAAGCUCAUCGCCAACAGGAUCGGAGACUUCAAGAAUAAACACCCCAUCUAGUAUUCCUUCAGCAACUGGAUCUCUACGCGGAACUCCACAAAAACAGACCCGUUCAAUCAAUAUUGGAACGACAAAUUCAGGAUCCUCGUUUGCGUCGUCAUUAUUUUGUGUUCAGCUAUAUGAAAACUUCAUCGCUCGUGAUCCCAUGAUUGAAAAACUGAUCCCGUCAAUAAAGCACCAGGCAUCUGCUUUCGCAGGUGUGAUUAAUGUUGCCAUGUCCACAUUGGAUGACCUCAGCCGAAUGAACGAGUCUUUGGAAAGUCUUGGAAGGCUGCACUCAAGAAUUUUGGGAAUCGAGCCAGAGUAUUUCCAAACGAUGGGCGAAGUGCUGAUCAAAACUUUUAGAGACAGAUUUUCCAACGACAUGGCUGAUGGAUUCUCGCUCGAAACAGAAGAGGCCUGGAUCAAAUUGUACUGCUUCCUUGCGAACUCCAUAAUCCAAGGAGGAAUCGACCCAGUUAUCAAUUAUGAGUCACCUGCAGCCGAACAAGAUUCCGUUACCUCUUCUAAAAUCAAAAAGAAGCAGAGUGUUACAAGUUUAGACUCAUUGUCGGGAUCCACGUUGGCGUCCAAUUCCCUCCCAUCGCCCAAGAAAUCUCAUAAUAUUCCCAAACAAUCGUACCUGAAUGUGACGAAGAGAAAGCUGCAGAGAUCGGGCAAUUCAAAAACAGGUGCUAAAUCCAACGCCGAUUGUAUGAUUAUGUGA